UUCUUCCUCUGCUAGCUCACACUGAGGGAUUGUAAAAGUCACUGAGACGGAGUAAGAGACAGGCUCAGCCCUUUCCCUCAUUCACUUUCUGUCUCUCUGCUAGGUCGCGUCUCUCUCUCUCUCUUUCUCUCUCUCUCUCUCCUGGAUGCUACAGUAUCUCUGAUCAGGAUGUGGAACAUGAACUUGGGUUAAGUUCUUGACUCUGUGGAAGUAACACUUUGAGCUGAUGGGUUUCAUUCUUCACGUCCUUCUGUAGAACUCAGACUCAGCACGAAGUGUGUGUGUGUGUGUGUGUGUGUGUGUGUGUGUUGAAUGCUGAUGGAUUUGCGUGUUGGUGAGCGUGUGCUGCGCCCGGGUUCAGACACACUGCUGUCACCGCUGCUGCUCAGUCCAUUUAACCCUCAGCACUGCACCCAGUACAACCAGCACAUUCGGUUGAACAUGCAGCAGCAUCUACGAGAUCAGGAACAAACUAAACAGCAGCUACAGAUGAUACGCCACAAAGAUAAGAGUCAGCAGAGUGCUGUGGCCAGUUCAGUUGUGAAGAAGAAGUUAGCUGAAGUGAUUCUGAAGAAGCAGAAACAGGCAGCACUGGAGAGGACGAGCUCCAACCCGCUCACCAGCACACCUGUAGCCUACAGAGAGUUGGCGCCAGAUCCCAACGUUCCUCUGCAGCCGUUGUUCUCAUCUCCUCCACAGACACUCAGUGACGGGGCAGAAGAGCCUCCACUACGGAGAGCAACAUCUGAGCCGAACCUGAAGAUGAAACUGAAGAAACAUCUGCACACUCGGAAGAGUCCACUGACACGGAAGCAGAGCGCCCCGCCCACCGUCAAACCACACAGACCUGACAUGCUCGACUCCUCCCCCAGCAGCAGCAGUACUCCCGUGUCAGGCUGCAGUUCCCCUAAUGACACGUUGCCCAAUGAGAACGGAGCACUGCCACCUACUGCCAGCCUGACACAUGAGGCUCAGAGGGUGUUACAUUCAGAGGGAUCUGUAGCUCAUUUCUCCAUCCAGACUUCGUCCACUCUUCCCACCAUCACACUGGGGCUUCCAGCUCACUCCAAGACGGAGGGGGAUCUGGGUUCUCUCAAACUGGGGCGAAGAGUUCCUCUGGUCUCAUCAGGUUCUCCGCUGUUGGUUCCUCUGAGUGUGGAGGAGCAGAACCUGGUACAGCCGGUCCUCAUCCUGGAACCAUCUGGACUCGUCCACACACCACUGCUUACAGUUCCAGGUCUGGCUCCGGUUCCUUUGCACGUUGGCGCAUCACACAAACCGCUGAGCCGCACACGAUCUGAGCCGCUGCCCCCCAGUCCCCGUGCCAUACACACACACCUGCUGCAACAGCAACACAACACACAGCUGCUGGAGAGAUUGAAGCAACAAACACACCUUGGCAAGCUCAUGUCGAAGUCGAGUGAGAAGCCCCGCCUCAGUCAGAUCCCCUCUGAGGACAUGGACUCGGACGAGGUGGGGACACCAUUCAGCAGCAGCAGUAAGAGCAGGGCGGAGUCACAGAGGGAGGCGGAGAGUCAGGAUGAGCAGCUGAGUCUUCAACAGACCCUCAUUCUCAACCAGUCACGUCUUUGGGAGACACAAAAACAGCUGCAGCAGCUGCGCAGACACACGGCCCAAAUGGCAUUACCCAUGAUGCUUGGUGGCCUGCAUCGCCCACUCUCACGAACACAGUCUUCUCCAGCCUCCACCUCACACACCGUACCUGACAAAACACUGCCCAUCGCCACGGCAACCGAGCCCAGCCUUAGCCAAUCACGCUUCACCACAGGUCUAGUAUAUGACUCUCAGAUGUUAAAGCACCAGUGUACAUGUGGCGAUAACAGCUCUCACCCAGAGCAUGCUGGGAGAAUUCAGAGCAUCUGGUCUCGCCUGCAAGAGCGUGGACUGAGAGCACAGUGUGAGAGUAUCCGUGGUCGUAAAGCGACCCUGGAGGAGUUACAGUCAGUUCAUACAGAGCGUCAUGUUCUCCUGUAUGGCACAAACCCUCUGAACCGCCUCAAACUAGACAACCGCAACCUUACUGGCAUUUUGUCUCAGAGGAUGUUCGUCAUGCUGCCAUGUGGAGGAGUGGGGGUUGACAAUGACACCAUCUGGAAUGAGAUGCACACCUCCACAGCAUCACGCACGGCUGCAGGCAGCGUCACAGAACUCACUUUCAGAGUGGCCAAGGGAGAGCUGAAGAAUGGUUUUGCUGUAGUCAGACCACCAGGACACCACGCUGACCCAUCAAACCCAAUGGGUUUUUGUUACUUUAACUCGGUGGCUGUCGCGGCUAAACAGCUCCAGCAGAAGUUGAACGUUAAUAAAAUCCUGAUUGUUGAUUGGGAUGUUCACCAUGGAAACGGCACUCAGGAGAUUUUCUACUCGGACCCCAGUGUGCUGUACAUCUCACUGCAUCGCUAUGACAACGGCAACUUCUUCCCUGGUAGUGGAGGACCAGCGGAGGUGGGCUCUGGUGCAGGUGAAGGCUUUAACGUGAACGUGGCGUUUACUGGGGGUCUCGAUCCUCCGAUGGGCGACCCUGAGUAUCUUGCAGCAUUCAGGACUGUAGUGAUGCCCAUCGCUGAGGAUUUUUCCCCGGAUGUGGUGCUUGUUUCAGCGGGCUUUGAUGCUGCAGAGGGACACUCGGCUCCGUUAGGGGGAUACAGAGUCACCGCCAAGUGUUUUGGGUUCCUGACCAAGCUGUUGAUGAAGUUAGCAGGAGGGCGUGUGGUUUUGGCCCUGGAGGGGGGCCAUGACCUCACAGCCAUCUGUGAUGCAUCAGAGUCGUGUGUUAGUGCGCUGCUCGGGCUGGAGGAUCCUUUACCAGAGGAAGUGCUGAAUCAGAAACCCAACGCUAACGCUGUGCAGUCACUUCAGAAAGUCCUGCACAUACAGAGCGAGUACUGGCCGUGUGUCAGGGAGACGAUGCUCUCAGUGUGUUCAUCGUAUGCUGGUGCUCAGAAUGGAGACAGCGAGGAAACUGCAGCUGUGAAAGCUCUCGCCUCGCUGUCGGUCGGAGUCCUGAAUAAUGUCAAGAGAGUCUCUGAUGAACCGAUGGAGGACGAGGACUCCAUGUAAACCCCGCCCCCUUCCUGAGUACCUGCCCAAUCACGGUGCAGCUCUACGUCACAUGACUGCGAGGGAGUUUAAACCUCUCUCGCUGCCUUUUUGCUGACCAGCGGUGCCUUCAGUGGGAGGGGCCGUGGUGAUGUCACUUCCUGUUUACUCCCGUGCGACUAAGUGCUUUGGACCAUGUGGAUUCCAGAACUUUCCCUCCAUCCGGUUCUGUCAGGUGAAGGACGAGCCUUAACGAGUCUCCCAUCUUUUUACUCUUUUUGUCACGUCCUCAUCACGUGUUUUUAAGGAACAUUUCUGAUAAAAAACGCAGGAUUUAAGGAGAAAAAGACAAAAGACUCUUCUAAAACUUUUUUCUUUUCAUUGUUGAACUGUUCGGACGGAUUCCUCCCUCUUGAUGAUGUCACUUCCUUUAACAUUAACCACUAAAGAAGGUAAAGAAGGAGCUCGUGUUUAUUCCUCGCCCUCAGUUUGCACUGUGCAUUCCAUAAUGUGAAGUUUAUCUCCAAACUCUGGGAAAAGUUAUGUACAGUAACAUUUAUCACACACACACACACACACACACACACACACACACAGAGACUGUUAUAACAACAUGUUGUAAUCACUGAGCACGUUAGAACGUUAUGUAGAAAUCACACACGUGUGUUUACACUCCUGUUACAGGAAAUAGAGAAACAGGAAGUGCAGCCUAUGUCAUUUCCUGUUCCACAUAAAGUCUCUAUUUUAGUGAUGUGCAGAAACUGCGCUUUGGUCCUGUCUCUGCAUUCGGCUUUUAAUGUUCUUCUGUAGUACUGUAGACCGGAGACUCAGGCCACGCCCCCUCAGUGACGCAUCAGAGCACAUGACUAGCGUGUGAAACGUGAAGUGUAGACACGUUAACCCAUAACGGUAAAUACGUUCCGCCAUGUCCACACACAUCCUCUGCACUGUGAGACAGCGAGUGUUUUAGACGACCGAACGACUCAGACCAAAAGAUUUGUGUAUUUUAUUGCAGUGAUAAAAAAAAUGCUGAAACCACUAAUGAUCUCAAGGAUUUAAAGGUUUUCUCUGCAGGAGGAAUCACACACGUCCUCGAGGGUUUGGCGACUCUGUGUGUUUUAGAGCGGAAAUAUCCAUCUGGCCUUAUAACACGCUCAUUACCAGAGGGCUCCAGUAGGGGGCGCACCGCGCAACAUGCAUGAAUUAAAUAAACAUCAGUACAUGGGGGGCUGGGGGGGGGGGAGCGGAGGCCCGUUGGGGGGCUUUGGGUUGGUUGGUGGUAACUGUGGACUUCCUGCCACUUUUGCCCUGCCUGCUGACUACACUGCCCCUACUGGUCAUAUGCAUAUUGCAUCCUGUUGGAAAGUUGUUUAUUUCUGAGGACGUGAAAGAGCUACGCACUAAAGGAACGCAGGAUACGUGAGGCCGCCAUCACAUAUGCGCGUGUCCUUAGGGUCGAGUGUGUUUGUGAGUUUAGAUGCUUUAAAACUUAAAGAUUCCUGAAACAUGAAGUGUUUUAAUGUGUCUCUGAUCUGGUGUGAAACCUGUGUCUCUGCCUCGUCCUCCUCACCACUGGGUUUCUGCUGCGUAACAAACCACUGUUCAGCUGCGAGUGAGUGUGUGUGUGUGUGUGUGUGUGUGUGUGUGUGUAUGGGUGUCUGUGUCAUGUGACGACUCUGGGUGUAUAUUAGCACCCAGGAGAACCAGCACUUCAUCACUUCUGAUUUCAGUGUAACACACGCGUCCCAGUGAGCUUAAUCACGUCCACUUUUACGUUUGUCUUUUAUUAAAACUAAUUUUGACUUUGAGGACCAGUUACAGAUUAAUCCAGAGUUUUAGUGUCACAGAUAAACAGCUCAUGUGUAGUUUUAAUUUUGAAGGAAGUGAACUUCUACAUUCCUGUGCUGUAGUGUGUGUGUGUGGGGGGGUGUGUGUGUGUGUACUAAGUUUGUGGAGGAAACGGACAGCCGUGUUUUCAGUUUUAUGACGCCUGUAAAGGACUAAAGACGAGCCACUAACGUCUUAAUUCUCUUUUUAUUCCUGUCUUGUAAUUUUUUAUUCGAAGGCCUUAAUGUAAAUAUCACCAAAAGACCAAAACUCACUCCUGUGUGCCUUUAUCUGUCACUAACACAUCUUUAAUGAUUUUAUUAAUUUCCUUCUCAUUUUUUAUUCCUGUGUAUAAAAAGAAUCUCUAUUUUGUACUUUCUAUUUCUUCUUAAUAAAAUAAAGCAUUUUGUUUUACUGAA